AUGGAAUCGUCGCUGUCGGCGCAAGUUUCGAAGAGGCCUUAUAUGGAAGUUCAAUGCCAUGACCAUGACCGUCUCUCCAAUGAGCGCCUCCCGAAAAAACCUUGUGAAAAUCUUCCAAGCAACGUACCCGCGCCAUGGGAGCAACGACGAAGCGCGACCCUAUCGUCUAUUGGAUCUGCUGCGCAUAGUAGUACAGUAGCAGUCCCGGAAUCUUCCACUCGGUCUUCCAACACCCUAGGAGAGGCGGAAUGCUGUUUUGGUAUGAUUUGUGAGGUGGGAAUACGCUUCGAUGACGAGCCUGGGCUGCCAAUUUUGGAUAUCUCGACUACUCGUCCUACUGCUGAUGAAGAUCGGGUGUUCCUUCUCAGGCUUUCCUUUGAGGAGUCAUGGUGUGAGUUAUUGGCACAGAGUGGUCCAAAACUCGCGACAUUAAACACAAAGACAUUUAAUCAACUCAAAGCCUUGCAAGAAACUGUUCCACUAUCAUGGGAAGGAUUGAUAUCGAUACAUGCCCUCACCGACGCCUUUGAAGGUUCGAAUCCAAAGAAAGUUACGAAAAUCAGUCUGAACAUCUACGGCCGACCGGACGCUGGAGACCGACUCGCACUCGAAUUGUCACGUAGGGGCCUGUUCUUACAAGACCCUUAUUCAAUUCGUGAGAACUGUUCCUACGUCAACCCUCAAUACCUAGAGUUGCCGGCACACGAGUUCGAUCCCGAACUAGGGCCCGGAGAUCUGGCAGAAGAUCUACAGGGACAGGAUGGAGGGGCUCUGUCGCAGGUCCAAGUCUCUCAUGGCCAGGCGUCAACUUCAACAGAUCUUACAGCUGACCUCGAAUUUGAUCAUAUACUGGACCAGUUCGCACAGCAGAAGGAUCUACAACAGGCAACCGCGAAUUCACUGGUCAACACUGUUUUGCUCGAGUUGGUUUUCCUCACUAUGGUCAAAGCGGAAUUUGCUGACAAUCACAGAUAUCAAAGGGAGGGCUUAGAUUUCGUGCUCAAGAGAGAAUCACUUGGCUUGCUUACGUCUAGGCGUUUAUGGGAACAGCAAUUGAAUGAAUCCACCCAGGAAAUCUACUAUCAGCAUCUCAUAACAGGAGCAAAAUGCAAUACACCCCAAGAUCCCUUGGGCGGAAUCCUGGCUGACGAAAUGGGCCUGGGAAAAUCGUUGAUGAUGAUUUCAGCGAUUGUUGGCUCGCUGAGUCAAGCAUAUAAUUUUGCAUUCGCCAUGACUACAAAACCAGGCGUGAAUGUGGAGGCCGUCAGCGCGGCACGCUCAACACUGAUAGUGGUUCCGUCUGCAUUGCUUAUGGACAAUUGGAUCGAGGAAAUCACUAAACACACCGUGGCUGGCACUUUAUCGAUCUAUAAAUAUCAUGGUCAAAGCCGAAACAUUGCGCUUCCCAACCUGUUGAACCAUGAUGUGCUACUGACAACCUAUGCAACUGUUGCAGCAGAUUUUAGACGCAAAAGAAGCCGAAUGUUUAAGAUCUUGUGGUACCGUAUCGUUUUGGAUGAAGCGCAUAUGAUUCGAAAUGCAGCCACUCAUCAACAUCGGGCAGUUUCCGACCUUCGUGGCUAUAUUCGAUGGUGUCUGACGGGUACACCUAUCCAGAAUAGCCUAGAUGACUUAGGGUCAUUAGUCUCUUUUAUCAAAGUUCCAGUCUUGGGGGACGCUGCCCAGUUCAGACGACACAUCACCCAGCAAACGUACCUAACCAAGCACGUCCAGAAGCCGGAUUUUGGCAAUCUGCGGCUUCUUCUUGGUGCGAUAUGCCUUCGAAGGAACAGAGGGAUCUUGCCCUUGCCUCCCCUGCAAGACUGCUACCGUGAAGUCCGAUUUUCUCAACACGAAAGGCUGGCAUACCAGCAGCUGGGACAUCGUAUCAGGGAGGCUAUCGAUCUUGCAGUGAGUGGGCACAAGGCAAAAGAGGCACAUCAGACUGUUUUAGAAGCCCUCCUUCGCAUGCGCAUAUUCUGCAACAACGGCGAUUUUUUUAAGGAGGAUGGAGUCCAUGAUUUGACAGAAGCAGACGAGAUUGGCAGUCUGCUCGAGCAAAAGGGCGAGGCUAUUUGUCACUACUGCUCGUGUGACAUUGUCUCAUUCACCAGGUCGGGGGGUAAUGCUUCGGGAAUCGUCACAGCAUGCUAUCAUGCUGUCUGCGGCGAGUGUUUGGAUCGAUUUCUGAGAGAUUGUGGGGACAGGGAAGCGUGCCCAAUAUGUCACUCCUUGCAUCAGAGUUUCGAUCAAGUGUUGAGUUUGGACCCUGGCCAGAGAACCGCGGGCGCUCAGAGUUUCCCAUCGAAAUUGAUAGCGUUGUGUGAGGAAGUCGACUUUUGCAGAAAAGAGGGCAAAAGCAUUAUCUUCUCGUUUUGGAAAAAAUCACUCGACAUUGUCGACGCCAUGCUUGAGGAUAGGGGCAUUUCACAUCUUCGGGUCGAUGGCUCUGUGCCAUUCAGUCAGAGGAAAUCAAUUCUCAGAAAAUUCCAAAGCUCCGAUGUACAUACGGUCUUGCUAAUGACUUUGGGUGUUGGCGCCGUUGGCCUCAACAAUCUGUCCGUGGCAAAUUACAUACACAUUUUGGAGCCUCAGUGGAAUCCUUCAGUCGAAAGUCAAGCCAUUGGGCGAGUCGUGAGGUUGGGUCAAACCAAGCCGGUCACAGUCUUCCGUUAUAUUGUCAAGGACACGGUAGAGAAGAACGUGCAAAAUGGUCAGCUUAGGAAAAUUCAGCUUGCCAAGAACGGCUUUGGCCUCGGGAAAUCAAUGAAUGUCAAGAAAAGCGCCCAGAUGCUGACGGAAAUGAUCUGUGCCAGUACGCCUUCAGACUAG